AUGUGUGAUAAAAUAGAAAUAUUAUUUUGGAAAGUUUUUAAAAAUCAAUAUUUAUUCAACGAGAUAUUUAAUCAAAUUCACAACAAUCAAUGGAUUGAAUAUGAUGACCCAAAUAAAUAUAAUGUUUACAAUAGAGGUAAAUUUGGAGACACUCACUCUUUACUAAUAAUGUUAGAAAAUGAUCUACUCCCAUUAAUUAAAGAUAAAAUCAAACAUGGUGAUCAUAUAGAAAUUACUUAUGAUUCAAUGUUGGAACUUUUCUCAAAAUUAUCAACAGAACCUUCAAUAAAUAGUAAUAAAAAUAAAAAUAAAUAUAAAGAUGAAGAUUAUUUAAAAAUUAUUGAAUUAUUAAUGAAACAUAGAAGAGAUGAAUUUGAAGUUUUUGAUUUAAUAAUGAUGGCAGUAUCCUCUCGUUCUCCAGAUGUUAUUAGAUUAUUAGUUAAUGAACCAUAUUCAGUUAUAAUUUAUCCAACAAUGCUUGAAAAUGCAAUUAUGUAUUCAAAUUUAGCAACAAUCAAAGAACUAGUAAAUUUAGAACCAAUAAAUUUUAAAAACUAUGGUAUUAAAUUAAUCAGUGAAGAAUUUAAAAGAAAAUCAUUAUCAUUAGCAGCACACAGAGAAACUCUUAAAACUACAAUCACUGAAUACAUUUUUAAUAAUCCAUCAUUAUAUUCAAUGCCACCACCAUUAUCAUUAUUAAAUAUUCAAAAACAACAACAUGGGCAACAAGGACGACAAACACAAUCAACAAAUAAAAGAUUUAAAGUAUCAGAAACUUUACAUUCAAAUUUAAAUAAUAAAAAAAAAAAAAAAAAUAACUAUAAUGAUAAUGAUGAUGAUGAUGAAGAAAUAAAGUAUGAAUAUAUUGAAUUUGAAGAAUUUAUAAAAUUAAAAUCAACCAAUUUAUUAAAAUCAUUUAUGGAAUUAGAUAUAGUAGUUUUAAGUGAAACUAAACCAAAUUUUAAUUCAUUUCUCAAAAUGUAUCAUACAUAUGAAAGAUUACAGGUUGGUAUUAAAAUUAUUCUAAAGUAUGGAAAUACAAUUUCAGAUAUAAAAAAAAGAGAAGAAAUUUUAAAAGAAAUCAAUAAAAUUGAUAGAAAUAAUAAAAGAGGUUUUAAUAAAUUAAAAGAAUUGAGAAAAUUAGUAGCAAUAGAAUUCCCAAAUCAAACAAACUUUUAUUUCUAUUAUUGGAAAGCAUAUCGUGAGAAUAUUAAAAAACUUGGUAAAGUUCCUAAAAAAUCAGGUUAUCCAGGUAAUAUACAAAUGUUUGGACACCCUCUUUUACAAGAUGAAUUAGUCAAUAAUCAAAUCAAUACUCAAGGAGGUGAUGGAAAUAUAGAACAAGUAGAAUUAUUAUCAUAUAUUACAUAUUCAGAUAAUGAAAGUGAUAAUGAAGUUGAAGAAGAAGAAGAAGAAGACAUAAUAAAUGAAAAGGAAUUAUUUAAUUUAUCUAAUAGACUUAGAAAAGCAACUAUUUUUGAUAUAUCCAAUAGGUAUUCAGAUUUACUCAAUUCAUAUUUAAAAGCAAUUAAAGAAUGUAAUAUUGAAAAGCUAGAAGAGAUUGAUACAAAUAAUCCAAUGUUUAAAUUAGAUGUUUCAAAAUAUCAUUGUUUUCAAUUACCAAAUGAAAAAGAAGAUAUAAUGAAAAUUUGGUAUUACUUUAAUAAACACUCCUUUAAACAAAUGAUACCAAAUUAUGAUAUUCUCAUUGAAUUCCUUUCAAGUGUAACUAAUAUUAUUCCACCUUUUGAAUUGAAAAUAUCUAAUAUUAAAGACCCACUAUUUGGAAAGCUUGGAACAUUUCUAACACAUCAAUUAUAUAAAAAGAAUUUUAAUGUAAUUGAAUUAUUAUUAAAUAGUUUUGAUAAUUUUAGUUUUACACAUCAACCAGAACAAAUAUCAGCCAUUAUAGAUAAAGAGAGAGUUUUAUUUCAUAUUAAUGGUGAAUUACCCCAAGUUGAUAAAAAGUUUAGUUUUCAAAUAAUUAGAAUAAUUGAAUUGAUAAUGGACAAGUUUAAUAAACUCACUAAAGAUCAAAAUGGUUUUGAAAAUAUUUCGACAACAUAUCGUCUCAUUUUAAAUAAUUUAUAUGAUCAAUUACUUAAAGUUAAAGGUUUAACAAUCGAUCAAUUAGAAUAUGUUAGAUCAAUUAUUCCUCAACAAUUAUUUAAUAAUAAUAGUUUUGAAACCUAUCGUAUCUUUUUCUAUCUUAAUAUCAGAUCUUCAAAAUUAACAAAAUACAUAAUUGAAAGACCUGGAAUUCCAGAUUUUAUUCAAAAUUCAACUGAACUCCUUUAUAAUCAUUUCUACGAUACUAUUGGACCAAUUUCAAAUGAAAUUAUUGGUUUCGAUUUAAGAAAAUAUUUGAAUUAUGAUUUAUUCACAUAUGAUUAUAUAUUAGGUAGAGAAUCAAAUCAAUACAGUAGUAGUAGUAGUAGUAGUAGUAGUAGUAGUAGUAGUAGUAGUAGUAGUAGUAGUAGUGGUAGUAGAGGUAGUGGUAGUAGUGGUGGUGAUGAUGAUAGCAAUUACAAUAAUAAGAAAUACAUAACUCAAUUCGAUACAAUAUUAAAAGAAUUAAUUAAACAAUUAUCAUUCAAUAUUUGUACAAACGUUAGUAAUAGAGAUGAAAUUGUUGAUGGUAAAGAUUUCUUUAAUCAUUCAUUAAAUGAAGAUUUAAAAUUCAGUUUAGAUAUUGGUAGAAAAGAUUUAUUUUGGGAAUUAUUAGAUUGGAUUCAACAAUAUAUGAUUAAAAAUGAAAAUUUAAUGAAGCAUCGAGUUUAUCAAUUUAAUUCACCAUAUGAAUCAUUAUUACCAACUGGUACAAUAUUUUCAAAUGUAAAAAUAAUAAAAAAAGAAUUACCAUCACCAUCAACAACAACAAUUGAAAGCACUUUUUUAAAAAUUGAUAAUUUUGAAAAACCAAUACCAAAUGAAUCAACGAUUAAAGUUAAUUGGAAUUCAGAUAAAUUAAUUCAACCAUUCAAACCAAUUUCAAAACUAAUAAAUUCAUUUAAAUAUUCAGAGGAAGUUAUGGAUUCAAUUUGUAAAGUAAUGAAUGUAAAUGAAAUUCAAAGAUUUAUUCAAUAUAAUUUCUUUGUAUCGUUUUUUCAAAAUGAAAUUUAUUCAUUUUCAUUAUUUUAUAGUAGAGAAGAUUUAAUAUUAUUCCUAUUAAAUAAUUAUAAUAUUGAUAUUGAUCUUCAUUUCCCAUUAUUCAAACCAGAUAGAGGACAUUCACAAUAUUUAGAAUGUAAAUUCAUCUUUGAAAAUCAUUUUGAAAAAGUAAAGAAUAUUUCAAAAUUAAAUUUAAAACAAAAAUGGUUCGAGCUUCGUUGUUUACAAUUCCCAUUGGUUUUAUUAAAUUCUUUUUUUAAAUACAUUUGUAAAGAAAAGAAUAUCACAAGAUAUAAUCAAUUCAUUCAAAAUGAUAAUUUACAAAUUAGAAAACAAGUAAUUAAAAAAACAAUUGAAAUAUUAAUUGAUCAAUUCUUAUCAAGUACAGAUAAUAAUGAUGAUGAUGAAGAUGAAGAUGAAGAUGAAGAUCCUAAUCAGAAUUUUGCAUAUAUAUUAAAAAAUCAAAAUCAUAAAGUUUUACUCAUUCAAUCAAUUAUUGAACAAUCAGAUACUCAAUUAUACUUUAAAUCAGCUUUAGAUCAAAUUUUAUUGAGAAUAGAAGAGAAAAGUUAUGAAAUUAAUUCUCCAUUCAAUGAAAAUCUUGAAAAUCCAUUUUUAGAAUCUUUUAUUUAUGGGGAUAUUAAAACUUGUAAUAUCAUUCUCAAGUAUUAUCCAAAUCAAUUCAAAAUCACAAAAGAUUCAAUCACUAAAACAUUGGAAAAGGAAAAAAUUAAUAUUAUUAAAUAUUAUUAUAAAGUUGAAAAUUGUAAAAAUUUAAUUAAUAAUUUUAAAAAUGAUAAUAAUUUAUUAAAACAUUUAAAAAAUGAAUUAUUAAAUCAUCCAAUGUAUAAAUAUCAUUUAACUUGGUUAUAA